CGCGAUUUUGCAACAUGGCGGCGAAGUGAGGGCGAAGUUGCGGGUGAUGUGCCGUCGCGGAAAAUGCAUAUUUUCUAGUCGCCCGUAAACGGUUCCGUUGUUAUCCUACAGUCACGCGUGACAGUUUAGUACGUGUACAAGUGUUGUCGAUCCGGGCCAGAGGCGGUGAUGCGCGUGGUAAAUAUGACCGAGGAAGCCAGUGGCGCGGCGACGAAGGUGACACCCCGCGGCACCGUGUGCUUCUGCACGUAUGGCAGGGACUAGGGCCCGCUUUGAUAAGGGAGCUCCGCUACUUUUGUCCAAGCGAGCCGCGGGCAAGUCAGCAGCAUCAAGUAACCACGCGAUGUCGUGGCCAGCUCUGCCGAACUGUGAGAAUAUAUAUGCCAGAAAUAGAAGCUCUAGAAAUUACUGUGAUUUCUGAUCGUACAUGCGUGCCAAACACGAAUAUAUAAGAGGACGUUAAGAAGGGAUCCAAUGGUUUCCUGACAUAAUGGAAGGCAAUAUAUAUGUGAAGAAUGAACCGGGACUUGAAGAGCAAUCACUCGCAAAUCCACAGCCCAACUCGUCUGCUGAAGACGGUAUGGGAGGGGCGAAGAUCUGCUUCAUUUGUGGUGCCGUGAGCCGCGGCGAUCAGCAUUGGUUACGAGCGAAACAAAAUCCGAAUGCGCCCAAUGAGCCUUUCUAUCCUUUCCUCGAGUCGCACGAGCCACCUAACGGCUAUCGUGGCGAGGAUAUUAGAAAUGGCGCUGUCAAAGUGUGUAGCCUCUGUCACAUUUUGGUAUCGCAGCAGUGGGAGGCAUACGAACGGGAGGCCAAGCCUCACAGCCAACGCAUCUAUUGGCUGAAAAGAUGUGACGGCGGCCCAUUCACGGGAGCCGAAAUGGCACUCCAGGGCGAGUACGCCGCCCAGGUGUUGGGCUUAACGAACGAUCAGAUGCCGCAAAUCAAGCAGGAGAAUCGAGGCGAGAGAUCUAUGGGGUUCUCGCCGCGAUUGCCACCGAAUUCGCCUUCCCCAAGAGUGGAACAGACUAGGCCACCGUCGAAUUCGAUUGAGCUACCGAGGCCACAUUCUAACACAGCAGAAACGCAUAGACAUCUGGAACAAGCGAGACUUACGAUGGAAUCUCCGCAUCACAGAUUGCAGUCACCUCACCAAAGAUUGCAAAGCCCGCGACAGCCUGUUGAGGAAGUUAAAAUAUCCACUGAAGCGGCGUUGGAUCUGAGACACGUACCUGAGAAACGCUCACCUGUAUCCAACCCGUCACAACCUCCAGCUAUUUACAGCGGUGGAUCGUCGUCCAGCGUCGGUACAGACAUUCUGGACCUAUCGAUGCCGGACAAGAAUUCGGUGACAGAAGUCUGUUACGUGUGCGGAGAUGAAUUCAAGAGGGGAUCUCUCAGUCACCUCGCUGCGAGGCCAUUGUCAAACCCGCCGCAUCCUUCUUCCAGUCCGCCACCGUUCUUUCCGUCAUUAUUGCUACAUCCAAGACCGAGUAGAAGUCGGCCUAUGGAUAGCGCAGGUCGUGUACAGGCGUGUUCGGCGUGCCAGAGUCAUCUUUUAUUACAAUGGCACGCAUACUCAAGGCAGAAAAUACCGCACGGUGAAAGAAAUUAUACUCUUCGUAAGCGGCAAGCCCCUGCAAUGGACACGACCACGUUUAUCUGCUACACAUGCGCUCUCGAGUACCCUUCAUCCAGUAUUAGACUUCUGUAUUGCUGUCCUAAUCCAGAGAAGGAGGCGUACUUCCCUUUUAUUUAUUCUCUGAGACCUCCGCCAGGAGCUAGUCCUAUUAGUCCUCAGGGAAUGGUGCAGGUUUGCUCCAUUUGUUAUAAAGCUAUUCCGCAAAAACAGCAAGUGUUUGGCGGAGAAAAUCACGAGGCGCAGCCGACUGGCCAGAGUGUUGAUUUUCGUCAACAAGGUCCUUCGCCACGGCCUGCUGUACCAAAAUCUCCUGCUAACUCAGCCGGCAGCGACAUCCGUUUCAAGCCAUAUGACCUAAACAAAUCGUCAGUUGCCACAAGUAAGCAACGCAGUAGUACCAGCAGUACUACCGCAAAAGCUCCCACACCAGGUCAACGUAAUUCACCCAGCAACGGUCCUGCGGAAAAUGGUAGUGUCGCUGGUCAGAAUUAUAGAUUGAAUUGCUAUAUCUGUGAGAGAUUAUAUCCUCGCACUCAUAUGGAAUGGUUAUCCACGAGUCCAGAAGGAAUGAAUUCACAUGCUAUGCAUUUUCCUUUCUUGAGGGGAAUGGCGCGUACAUCAGAGUACGGUUGUAUGGAUAUGUACGGCAGGGUAUUAGCGUGUACUCACUGUGUAAAUCAUCUUGCGCAACAGUGGGAAACUAUGGAUGCUGAACGGAUUCCUUUAGAACGCCGCAGGUACGAUAUUCCUAGUCCACAUCCAAAUGGUGACGUGAAUCGAUCAGUCGCGACACCACCGAGUUCCAGUUCGGAUCGAACGUUUGGAAGCAACCCGGGCACGUCGAGUAGCUCGAUCUAUUGUUUCCUGUGUGGUUUACAUAGUGAUUUGACUCUUGCGAGAGUACUUUACAGUCGUCCGCAAGGACGGAAUGCACCGUUCUUCCCUGAACUGUUGCGUCAUCAGUCACCGCCGAAUGCCGAGCAACUUCGUGAGGAUGGCUCUGCUUUGGUCUGCACAUUCUGCUAUCAUUCACUGUUGGCGCAGUGGCGUCGAUAUGAAUCUCUUCAGCAAAAUAAUCCUGCCGAGCGUCAGUACAAUACGCACGACUAUUACUGUUAUGUCUGUGGAAUUAUGACAUACAGAAAGCGAGUACGAGCACUGUCGGUGAAGGACUUUCCUUUCCUGAAGUAUCACAGGCAGGCAGACAAAAGUUUGUUGUUGGAAAACGGCGAUUACGCGGUGGUCUGUCUGGACUGCUACGAGACGCUACGUUCACAGAGUUGCGAGUACGAGAGGUGGGGAUUACCUAUUGAGAAACGGGAAUACAACUGGAUUGUGCAGCCUCCACCGCCCGAGGACAGUCCUGACGCGGCCAUAGCCAGGUUACCGUCCGGCGAAAGAUCCGAGAAAGUGGUUCCACCGACAUUGACGGCCAGGCCAACGCGAAAAAAUUGCUCGCCAAAAGCGCCCGACAAAAAGGCACCAGCAAAACUUCCGGAAAAGGAACAAGCAAUUCAGUUCGUUGAAUUCGCGACGGGUAAAUUGCGACGACGGAAGUUGCCGGAAAGUUCCGAGAAUGAAAAGUAACAAGAAAAC